AUGGCUCCAGCUCCCAUUAAACGGUGUUACAGUGUACCUGGCUACAAUCCUUCUGGGCCCCACUCUCAGCUACCACCAGCUACAAGCUACGCUCCACUUCCUCAUACUUCUGCUGGUCAAUGGACAGUCCCACCUAAAACCCAGUUCUUUGAUUCAGGCCAAGGUGCUCCAGCUUUCAUCCCUCACCCCUCACAAGUGACUGCUCAUGUAGCCCCACCAGAUCUGUACACAGCUCAACAGCCACCGUACAGUGUGCCAAAACCUAAGAUUCCUGACUUCUGCUCUGAUAGCGAAAAAGAAUUUGCUAAUCUGAAACUAGCAUUAGACAACUUGCUUGAACCUCACCCUGAGCUGUCUGAAAAGUACAAAUAUCACAUACUGCUGGAACACCUCAAGCUGCCUGAAGCUCAGAUGAUUGGUCAGUCCUGCCGCCACCACCAAUAUCCGUACUCAGCAACAAUGUAUGCCCUUCAGCUGCAGUAUGGCCAGCCCCAUCAGCUAGCUCAGAGUGAGAUAGCAGCAAUUCUCACCACACCUGAUGUUAAAGCUAACGAUGCCCCUAGUUUCCAGAGCUUCGCCUUACGGGUACGCCUUCUAGUCAGUAUGCUGAUUUCUCUGGAAGGCCCCCAUGGUACAGAGCUAAACUGCUGCUCUCAUGUAGACCGUCUCCUUAGCAAACUACCUAAGUAUCUGAGAGAUGGAUUUGUUGAAUUCCUACAGCUCCAUGGGAAGCUUAAUUCUGCAAGUCUUAACCCUUACAAUCUGCAGGACUUUGAUGGCUGGCUGCAUCUCAAGGCCCAACAGCAACGUCUCUCAAGUCGGAUGGUGCAGCGUUAUCAACAAGAAAGGUUCCUGAUCAGUGGAAAGGAGAAGACUGUGCUUAAACCUAGAGGACAAAGCACAGCAGUCUAUCAUGGUACAGAACCUGUGGAACCUAAUUUCCGUAAUCCCCCCAGUCACCUCAAGACAAAGAAACAGCUAACUGUGCACUGUCUCUUUUGCAAUAGUAAAGAGCACUAUAUCAGUCGCUGCAGUAAAAUUAAAGAGUUGUCCUUGGGGGAGCUGAGCAAAUGGAUAAAACAGGGAAAUCGCUGCUGGAAGUGUGCACGUUCCCAUGCACCAGACACAUGCAACCUCAAGAAGCCAUGUUGUGAUUGCGGUGGCAUUCAUCUCCAGGUUCUUCAUGGACUAGCUCAAAGCCACCUGAGCGACCACCAGUCAAACACCUCAGAAAGUCGAGUGUACUUGACACCUUCUGUAGCUUCACGCAAGGUACUUUUGAAGGUUGUGCCGGUCCUUCUACAUAACAAGUCCAAGACUAUGGAGACCUUCGCCAUCUUGGAUGAUGGUGCACAGCGAACUAUGAUCCUGCCUGCAGCAGUCCAACAGCUACAGCUAGAAGGUACACGUGAGACUCUUGCCCUCCGCACUGUACGAUCUGAUAUCACCAACCUGACUGGGUCAAGGAUCUCCUUUCAGAUCUCUCCAAGAAAUAACCCUAAGAAGCGUUUCAGAGUACAAGGAGCCUUUACUGCCUCUGGACUAGACCUAAUGGAGCAGAGCUACCCUGUUCAGACCCUUCAGAAAAGGUACACCCACCUUAGAGGUAUCCCACUACAGUCUUUCCAUAAUGCACGUCCACUGGUGCUGAUUGGGUCAGAUAACGUUCAUCUCAUCACAGCAACCGAGCCAGUGCGUCAAGGGCACCAAAGUGGACCCAUUGCAAUCCACACUGCUCUUGGAUGGGCCCUACAGGGAGCUGAACGCUGUAUUCGAGACCAGUCCUCAGUGCACCAGUGUCUCCUGCUCUCAACAGCUAACUCUGAUGACCUCCUCUAUCGACAAGUGGAAAGGCUGUGGCAACUUGAUGUCCUGCCUUAUCGUAACGAGAAGUUGGUGGUUCGUUCACGAGAAGACCAAGAAGCUAUUAAGCUUCUUGAGGACAAAACCAAACGAGUUAGUGUUAAUGGAGUUCUUCGAUAUGCAACUCCUCUACUCUGGAAGUCCAGCACACCGAAGCUCAAUGGUUCCAUCCAGUCCGUCAUGGCAAACCUGAGGAGUACCGAGAGGAGGCUCAAGCGAGAUUAUGAAAGAGAAUGCACCUACAGAGCUGAAAUAGAUAAGCUUGUUCAAGCAGGACAUAUCAGCAAGCUACAACCUGACGAAGUGCACAAAUCGGAGGAGCAGUGGUACCUUCCCCACCAUCUGGUACAUCAUAACAGUAAACCAAGAUUAGUCUUCAACUGCUCCUUCAGACAUCAGGGCAUCUCUCUGAACGAACAACUCUUGCCUGGACCAGUGCUGGGCCCAUCACUGCUAGGUGUUCUCUUAAGAUUUAGACAGCACUGCAUAGCUGUUAGCGGAGACAUACGGGGCAUGUUUCAUCAGGUCCGCCUCAUAGCCGAAGAUAGACCCUUUCUGCGUUUUAUCUGGAGAGACCUACGAUGUGAGGACCCACCAGAUGUGUAUCAAUGGGAGGUACUGCCAUUUGGCACGACGAGCAGUCCCUGCUGUGCUAUAUUCGCUCUACAGCAACUCACCCUUGAUUACCAAGAAAGCUAUUCUGGCACUCUUCAGUCCGUCCAGCAGUGCUUUUAUGUGGACAACUACUUGGAGAGCUUUCCUACCAUAGCUGCGGCUCAAGAAAUGGUAGAUAAACUGCGAAGCCUACUGCUGGAAGGAGGGUUUGACCUCAGACAGUGGGCCAGUAACCAACCUACCGUCAUAGCUCAUCUGCCUACAGAAGCAAGGUCCUCAACUGCGGAGCAGUGGCUAGGGCGGAACCAAGGUGGCCCGAUGGAACCCACUUUGGGUCUGAGAUGGAACUGCGCAGGUGACACACUGGGCUAUCAGCACCGACCCAUUGAGCAUGCUGUGCUGACUAAGCGGAGAGCCUACCAGGUACUAGCCAGCCAGUACGACCCAUUAGGGUUUAUAGUUCCAUACACCACCCGAGCCAAAGUGCUAAUCCAACAGCUGUGGUCUAGACAAAGAGAGUGGGAUGACCCUGAUCUGCCUCCUUCCUUAAAGGAGGCCUGGGAGAGCUGGGAGAGUGAGUUGCAGCAGCUCAGUGCAGUAUCCAUUCCGCGAUGCUACUCACCUGAUUCUACACAGGAAGCAAGUCUUGAGUAUGACCUCCAUGUGUUCUGCGAUGCCUCUGAAAAGGCUUAUGGGGCUGUAGCCUAUUUAGCAGUACACAGUGGGGAAACCAUCCAUACCACCUUUGUGAUGGCUAGGUCAAGAGUUGCUCCGAAGAGACAACAGUCCAUACCCCGGCUAGAGCUUUGUGCUGCCUUGGCCGGAGCUCAAUUAGCCAGACUUGUACAGGCGGAACUUACAUUGACAAUCCGCCAGACAGUUCUUUGGUCAGACUCUAUGACAGUCCUGGAAUGGCUUCAGUCUGACUCAUGCAGGUUCAAAGUGUUCGUUGGCACUCGAGUAUCGGAGAUACAAGAAAUGACAGAUCGGAAUGCUUGGCGGUAUGUGGACACUCACAACAAUCCCGCUGAUGAUAUAACUAGGGGGAAACCACUCUUAACACUGGCCCAACCUAACAGAUGGAGCCAAGGACCCUCUUUCCUCAAACAAAGCAUCGAGCACUGGCCGAAGAAACCUGAAUCUGGGACCCAGGAGAGCUUAUCAGAGGUGAAAGGCAUAACACUCUGCUGCCUUACGGUACUGGGGAGAAACUGCAUUACUCCAGAUGCAACUGAAUACGGAACAUGGAAAGAGCUAGUGGACGCUACCCAGAAGGCAUGUCAUGGGGCAGUUGCAGAGUCACUAGGGACCACUGACCAGCCAGUGAGUUAUCGAGAUGCAGAGUUACUGAUAUUAAAAGAGUGUCAAACUCAGAGCUUUCCAGAUGAGUUGGCUGCUCUCAGAGAAGGGAAACCUCUGCCAAAUCACAGCAGGUUGAGCAAUCUAGCACCUGAAUGGGAUUCUGCAAUGAAUAUUAUCAGAGUUGGGGGACGGCUGCGGAGACUACAGACUCUCAACAUGGACGAAGCCCAUCCGAUAGUUCUAGAUCCGCGACAUCCAGUGACACAGCUACUCAUCAAAGAGUUUGAUGAACGUCUGUUGCACCCUGGAGCUGAACGGGUAUAUGCUGAGAUUCGAAGGCAGUACUGGAUCUUGAGGGGUCGUCAAGCCAUUAGACAUCAUCAGAUUCACUGCCCCACCUGUCGGAAAUGGAGAGCUCAGCCAAAGGUGCCUCAAAUGUCUGACUUGCCACCAGAGCGUCUUCGUCUACUUUGUCCACCUUUCUUCUCCACAGGAGUUGAUUGCUUUGGGCCAUACUUAGUGAAGAUUGGCAGGAGGACUGAGAAACGCUGGGGUGCUAUCUUUAAGUGUCUCACUACACGAGCAGUUCAUAUUGAACUGCUCAGUUCUAUGGAUGCAGAUGCCUUCCUACUGUCCUUACGGCGCUUCAUAGCCAGGAGAGGGCGCCCAAAGGAAAUUCUUUCAGAUUGUGGCACAAAUUUUCGUGGGGCUGACCGUGAGCUUCGUGAAGCCUUUGCUGCACUUCACCCACAACUCAAGGCACAAUUGGCUGACUACCAGAUCCUCUUCAAAUUCAAUCCCCCAAGUGCUCCACACUUUGGGGGUACGUGGGAGAGAGAGGUUCGUUCUAUAAAGUCUGCUCUCAGAGUGGUUGUUGGAAGUCAAACCACCUCGGAGGAUGUUCUGCAUACUGUGCUGGUGGAGGUGGAAGGCAUCCUGAAUUCAAAGCCACUAGGCUAUGCAUCAACGGAUAUCGCUGAUCCUGACCCCAUUACGCCUAAUGUGCUUCUCAUGGGGCGGCGGGAUGCCUCCCUGCCACAAGUUGCUUAUGCACCGGCUGAUAUGGGGCGGCGGAGAUGGCGGCAUUGUCAGAACAUUGUAGACCAGUUUUGGGUUCAGUUUGCACGUCAGUAUCUACCCUCACUCCAAACUCGCCAUAAGUGGCAGAAGCAGUCUGAAAACCUGACCGUGGACUCAGUAGUCAUGAUAGUUGAUCCACAACUACCCCGAGCUCAGUGGCCUAUUGGUAGGGUCACUAAGACCAUAACUAGCCAGGAUGGAUGUGUCAGAACAGCGGACGUCCUUGUAAAAGGCAAGAUCUACACAAGACCAGUUGCUCGCCUAAUUCAGCUUCCAAAGAUUGAGGAUGGUUCUGACGAUCUCUGAAGAAUUCUCUCUAUUGCACAUUUGCUUCUCAACUGUGGGGGCGGCUGUUGUGAAUUCUUCAUAUUGGACAUUCACUGGUAAAAUAAUUAGUGUUUGGUCUAGCUACUUACAAUCUGCAGUGCUUGUUCUGCUCAGUACCUCAUGGACAUUUAUGUUUAGAGGAGGACUUUUAUUUUGAUGCACGUACCUGUUGCUGCUAGAGUCACAGGCAGCAGUUAGCAGUCAGAGACGAUAAAAUGCUACUGUUGUCAAUGCUACUGAGGCUGUUCAUUUAUAUCAGUAAACUAAUUAAAUCAUC